AUGGCGCACAUUGCUAAGCUUGGUGUGCUGACAGAUGAGCUGGUCACAUUGAUCACUUCAGUCACAGCAAAGUCUGACCCGACGAGAUUUAGCGUGCACCGAGAGAGUGCCCUGAGAGCUUUACGUUUCCAUAAUCAUCCUCGCACGAACCAAUUCGAUGUCACCAGCCAACUCGACGGCCUGGAAGAGAAGUUCCGGAUAUACAACAAAGACCCGCUGGCAGACGCUUUACGGGAACGCCGCGAACGACUGGAAGCCCUCGAAGAGAAGUUGACGCCUGAGAUACUGUCUCUGCUGCUGGAGCUGUCUGACCAGCCAGUCGCCAAAUCGAACCUGGAAGACCUAUUCCGCCUCAAAGAGCCCGUGCUGGAUACAAGACCGGUGCUGAAAUGGAAAGAUCUUGUAGCAGAGGACCCCCUUCUACGCGAGAAAAGUGUCUGGAAAAAUGUUGAUUUUGGAGCAGAGGAUUCAGAGGAUGGAAUUGAGGACUCACGAUCGGAUUUAUCUGGAGCAACUGAUACUACCACACUAUCGAGCGUUGAAGAAGAGUACAUCCGUCGGCCGGAUGAGCAUGCUGUCAUUACGCUUGAUAGGCAGGGCUUGGAUAAUCUACGGGACCAGCAAUUUUGGCAGAAAAUACCUACCAUUUCCGGGGUGCCGCUGGAGACAGUUAAGAGGCCCAUAACUGAGCUUCAGGCGGUCCGGGAAGUUCUAUUUAUGCUAGGUGGAUUACCCAGUUCCCUGUUUGACAACGAUCCAAGAGAGUCAACAUUCGUUAGGCCGUUCAAAUGCUUUGCUCUCAAGCAUGCAUCUGCAGAGGCAUUCUAUAAAAUUGUAAAGUCCUUUGCCGACGAUGGAUCACGUCUCAGUCAUCUACGGCAGUGGGUCAACCAAGCUCGGUCUACACCGAUAAUGCAAGUUUUUGAGGGCGCCUUAACACAGCGGAUCAUGGAGUUUGAUGCCCGCCUCUCAAGAAUCCAGCAAAACCUUGUCUCGCCUAACGAGGACAUUGUUGUCAGUCUACUUGGUGUCCAAGCAGAACUAGCUCCCCAUAUUCUGGCUUUGGUUCGAAUUUCGGAUAUCACCAAGAGACUCGAUGCUGAGCCCUAUUCACAUGCCUUUAGGCACCUGGAAUUGCUUUAUGACGAGACCUGUAUAUUCCAGAUGGCUGGAGAUGAGGCAAUGUAUGCUUUCAUGGGUCGUAUAUUUUUCGAAUGCUUUCAGGUGUAUCUACGGCCAAUCCGAGUCUGGAUGGAAGAGGGAGAGUUGACGAAAGACGACAAAGUAUUCUUCGUUUCGGAGACAUCGGGCGAGGUGGAUCUAAACCUCCUGUGGCAAUAUCGAUAUCAGAUCCGGAGAACGCAGACUGGUAUUUUACACGCACCUAGAUUUCUCCAUGCUGCCGCCAACAAGAUCUUCAACACUGGAAAGAGUGUGGUGGUCCUGAAGCAUCUCAAUCAGUACGAAUCGUUCAGGUCUACGGGAGGAGACUAUGAGCCGACACUGGAUUUUGAUACCGUUUGCGACUUUUCGGUUCGACUUGCUCCAUUUUCAGAGCUUUUCGAUACGGCUUUCGACGGGUGGGUCCAAAGCAAGCAUCAUCUCACGUCUUCCAUGCUCCGAAAAACAUUGUUUGAUUCAUGCGGUCUUCAAACAGCGCUCGAUGCGUUCUCCCACAUCUACUUCAUGGCCGAUGGUAUCACAGCUUCGGCGUUCACGAACACUAUAUUCGAUAAACUUGACACUCUGAAUCCAUCUUGGAAUGACCAUUUCACACUUACUGAGCUGUCCCGAGGCACAUUCGGCUCGAUAAAGUCAGUGAACCCCGAUAGGCUUCGGACGACCGUCCUAUCAAUCCCUCGCAAGCACAGAGACGUCGUGAGCUGUAGGAGAACGGUAAAGGCCCUGGCGGUUCUGGAAUUCAAGUACCAUCUCUCUUGGCCAAUCCAGAUCAUACUCACACCAUCAUCAAUAUCCUCAUACAAGCGAAUCUUCACAUUCCUCCUCCAAAUCCGUCGGACCUCACAUAUCCUAUCUCGCCAACGCCUCGUCAGGGACCUUCUUACGACUAACGGCAGCUCUGACGAGCGAGCGCUGUACUACUCAUUGCGAACUGCGCUCCUAUGGUUCACGCAAAUGCUGUACUACUACCUCACAUCACUCGUCCUGGAGCCUUCAUCGCAGAAGAUGAGAGCGGAUCUCAAGGAAGCUGUAGAUGUCGAUGCCAUGAUUGAAGCGCAUUCGGCAUACAUCAAACAAGCUACCGACCAGGCACUCCUUGGAAGUAAGCUGGAGCUUAUCCACAGAACUAUCCUCAAGAUUCUCGAUCUUGGUAUCAAACUCGAAGACGCACAAGCAGCAAACGCAGUUACCAACAAAGAAGCGCUGGAGCAGCAAGAAGAAAUGAUGGACCUUUCAAUGGCAAGUCUCGGCCUCCACACACCGCGACGGAAGACCAAGGAAUUCCUGCGCACAUCCAAAUCAGGCAAGAAAGAUAUGGACUCCAGUUCGGAAGAGGAAGAGGAUGCCGAUGUUGAUUUGAGUAUCCUGUCCUCGGCUUUGGGCGACGAGACGGAGGAGCUAUCGUAUCUGGAGAAGCUGAGGACUCUGAAGGCGGAAUUCGAUAGGCUUGUUCGGUUUGUGGCUAGUGGCUUGAAGGGAGUUGCGAGGGCUGGGGGAGGAGAGGCCGCGAAGAGCUGGGAUGCGCUGGGGGAGAUUCUGGAGUCGGGUUUGGCGACGGGGAAUCCGGGCUACAGGUGA